CACACAUACAAUCUCCGUGCUAACUGCACACAUAUGCGGAGCAAUUCUACAGCUGGGGUGAAUGGGGGGCAUGGAGUGGUAUGUGUACGAAAUGGCGAAGUAAACAAAAUGACUCUCCAAAACCAAGUGGUGCAUGUAUACUGAUGACAUUGGCCAUUGGCACUGAAGGACAAUGAACUCGGAAACUGAAGUAGAGAUGGUCACCGAGGAAGACCUGAAGGCACACCGUGAGCAUUUGAUGAUUUGCGAUGAAGACAAAGGACAAGAAGACGAAAACAUUGCAGACUCUACCACUGAGGUCGGCAUAGUGAUAGGCGACGACAGCCGCGACGACAGGUCGGUUCCUUCUCUGUCGCCGCUUGGCAUUAUCAUCCGGGUCCGUCGGUCAUGUGACCGGUAUUUCAAGAAGAACAAACACAGAGUCAAUCAAGCUAUCAAAGUCAUUUUACUUCUAGGCUACCUAGCAUACUUUGUUUACGCAAUGAUUUAUAGGUUCGGUGAUGAAGGAUCAGUUCGUUUGAUGGUCGGAACCGUUUUGGUGAUCCUGGGAUAUGUUGUCAGGAUUGUCUUCGUGAAGAUUGGUCCUCCCGUGUCAUCAUCGUUACAGUCAACUAAGUGCGUCAUAAAGAUCACACGUCAUAUUCAAAGAAGAUAUGUAUUCCUACAAAGGAUGGUUAGCAUGAUUGCAGUUCUAGCCAUUUUCAUCUACAUUUUGGUCGAAGUAUUCAUCGAAUUUCCGUCAAACGUUAUAUCGGCUGUUGGGUUGGUUGUGUUUAUAAUGAUCAUGUUCUUCUUCUCCAAAGAUCCAGCUAAGGUGGUGUGGCGACCUGUGUUAUGGGGACUACUUUUACAAUUUAUCUUUGCGCUGGUAGUGCUCCGGUCAACAUGGGGUUACGGCGCAUUUGAUUGGUUGGCACAACGAAUUACAGAAUAUCUCAAACAUUCUGACAUUGGAGCCAAUUUUGUGUUUGGGCCUGCCCUUGACCAACAUUUAUUCGCAUUCACUGUACUGCCGGUGAUAGUUUUCUUCAGUGCUACCAUCUCUGUCUUGUAUUACCUUGGUUGGAUCCAAGUCCUCAUCCGGGGUAUUGCUGUUGUCAUGGAGCACAGUCUGGGUAUUUCCGCCAUGGAAUCUCUGCAUGCUGCAUUUAACAUUUUCGUCGGUUGGGCGGAGACAACCACGUUCCUACGACCUUUCUUUGACGACAUGACGCUUCCUGAACUACACACUGUGAUGACCAAUGGGUUUGCCACCGUGUCUGGCAGUACGCUAGUCGUCUAUCACAUGUACGGGGCUCCUGCAAACCACCUACUCUCGGCCUCCGUCAUGUCAGCCCCGGCCGCCCUCGCCUUGUCCAAACUCUUCUACCCAGACGAUAAGGUCAGGAGAUCAAAGGUUACCUUGGACAAAAAAGGACAUGGUCAAAACAUCAUAGACGCAGCGUCUAUAGGCGCUAUCGGAGCGGUUUCUAUAGUCGCCUACAUCCUAGUCAGCGUGUUGGCUUUCUUUUCUUUGCUUGGAUUCUGCAACGCCACUCUGGAGUGGCUAGGUGACCGCGUAGGACUCACUCCUCCAGACUAUCCCGUCCUCUCUUUCCAGCUUAUAUGCUCCUACCUGUUUUGGCCUCUGGUUUUCCUGAUGGGAGUUGAACCAGCAGAUUGUCACGUGGCAGCCAGAAUGGUCGGCAUUAAAACAUUCAUCAAUGAAUUUUUCGCCUAUGAAGAUCUUGGGGAAGUAAUAAGGAAUGGCCAAAAAUUCCGGAAUUUUAACGGCACCUGGCACUUAGAUACGACAGGAAAUAUCGUCAUGGACACGCCCGGGAACGCCACCAUUCUGAUCGGGGGCGUUAUGUCGGCCCGAUCCGAGGUUAUUACGACGUACGCUUUGUGCGGGUUCUCUAAUAUGACAGCGCUCGGCAUUAUGAUUGGAGCAUUGACGGCGGUGGCGCCCUCUAGAAAGGAAGAUAUCGUCAGAGUGUCAUUCCGUGCUCUUAUUUCCGGUUGCAUGGCUUGUUUCAUCACAGCAUGCGUGGCUGGAUUACUGACAACAGCCCAAUGACGUAGAGCACGUUUUCCGAAUGACCUUCAGCACCUGCAUGUACUUUAGAUGGUUGGAAAGCGAUGAGGUGUAAACAUGUUACUAUGGCAUAAAACCCAACAACACAAAACACGAAACUGUCGCUGAAUUCCGCCAUACGUGUUGGCCAAAUCGACAUUUCAUAUUGAAUCUAUUUACAUAUUGUAAAAUAUGCAGUAAGACAUGAUCACUCGUCAAAAUAAAAACUUCAUAGUUGGCAUUAGAUUCCUGAAGUCCAAAACAAACCUCUGGAUCCGCCACUGUGCAUGUACAAUGUGCAUGGCUUGUGCGGGAAACAGGUUGGCGUAAAUAUUGAAAACGUCACGUAAUUGGCUAUAAUACCUGCAUUAUCAAAUGAUAUAUACCUGGAAGUUUUAACUAUUAUUCAAGAUUGAAGUAACUUGGGAGAGUGAACUUGAAAUGAAGAAAAAAACUUAACAACACCAGUGUCAUCGAGCUCCCAUAUCAAUAAAGCGUUAUUAAAAGAAUAAAUAUGUGAAAGGGCUUUUAACGGAGUCUAAACCCUCAGAAUACAGACAUUUAUUCUGUAAAUAGCGUAUACUGCCGGUUUGUGUCAUGCGAAAUUGAUAAUAUUUACAAGAAAAACCUCUUAUCGCCAAUGAACUUGGGUGAAAGCACAUGUGCAAGCCGCAGAACGUUUUUUUAUGCCCACGUUCUUUUAACAACCACAACAAGCGAUAUGCUACAUACAUUAUGUACUAGACUUUGUCCUAAUGUAAUGCAGAGCCGUAAACCCUAAAAUAGAUGGUUGUUGUACCCUUAACAUACCCGUUAUGUCAUAUGGCUAUUGUGUGCUCAACAUAGCACCUGAGGGAGGGUAGUAUCCGUACCAAAAACCAUAUCCUCACAUAAUAGAGGAUAGUGCUGUGUUUCACAUAAUACUGACGAGUUGUGUCCUUGACCUACUUCAGAUGUUUGUUGUGUCCGUUGCAUCACGUUUAAGGGGUGUUGAGUCCUAAAGAUAAUGCUGAAGGAUUGCUGUGUCCUUAUCAAAUCUCAUUAUUGUUGCAUACUUAACAUAAUAAAAGAGGGUUGUGAGUUCUUAGCAUGAUACCAAAAUCAAUGUGUCUCAUACACAAUACUGGACGGUGGUUGUGUCCGAACCAGGUUAUCACAUGGCUUUACAUAACACCCUAUAUAUAUAUAAACAAAUAAAAACAUGUUCUUAA